GGCAUUAUCUCAUGAAUAUACAACGAGCUUUUCCACUUUCCUAAGAUGUCUGCCGACGCUCAUUAAUAUUCCCGCAUACAGUUUUUAUAAUAAUGAGAUGUGGUGGCGUCUCAACCCGCUCCCCAGUCUUUCGGUUCAACUUGAGUUUCGUCCAGCACUCGGGCUCCAUUAUGGUGCCACGGACAGCGGCGCGGUGGCGCUGAGCGGCCCGAGGGGGGAACAGGCAGUAAGUUCGUGAUGCUGUUUUUCUAGCCUUAUGUCGUUUUAUUUAUUUUAAGCAGCCCUUCGGGUCGAAUCGGCGCCGUCCGCCCGUAUAUGCGCUCUAUUUAACGCGGGAGGGAGAGAGUAUGGAGAGUGCGCGGGUCGCCGUGAUGGGGGACACGCUGGAGAGGACCGGCUCCACGGCGGCUGCCGGCACAGUGGCGCACGGCUCGCAAGCGGCCACUGGCAGUAAGCUGAAGAAGCCCGGCGCGCCGUCUGGAGCGGGAGCUAGGAUGCCAGCGGCGGACCAUGGCGGGGGCGGAGGAGGCGGCGGCGGCAGUGAGCCGAGGUCGGAGAGCGUCGGACUGCUGGCUCCCGUCCCCCCCAUCGGACAGACGGCGGGCGGCCGUGAGCGCCGGACCGAAGCUGCUCCCGUGGAGGGGGGCGCCCCAAGCGAAGGCGCCCUCAGGCCGUCCGCCAGCGUUCGCAGCUUCGCCGGGCACUCGGGCUCGCUGCUGCGACGGCGGCGGUUGCGGAGGAACCUGUCCGCCACCGCUGCAGCCCCCGGUCCCUUCGGCGGCAGGAUGGGCUCGGCCGCCUCGGCGUCGUCACUGAGCACACGCAGCCUGGACAGGAAGACCCUGCUGCGGCAUAAGCAGCCGGCACAGCUGCAGCCGUCCGACCGGGAGUGGGUGCGAUCGGACCUCCGCAGGGGCUGCGUUCACGUUCACGACCGGCGCUCGGCGUCGUGCCUCAGGCCGGUACUAUGUACGCUGGAUACCACCGCCGGGGAGAUCGCUCACCGCCUGAGCCAGCUGGGCGGCAGGGCAGGCGCCGCGGUCAGGGUGCCCGGCGAGCCCGGCUUCCCCAUGGACUUUAAUGGACCGUUACGGAAUGGCGACGACGCGUCCGGCCGGCUGAGCUUCGUGGUCAGGUCCAGGGACGGCCAGCCGCCGCCGUCCGCUGACCGGCUGAAGCUGCUGCUCUUGGCAAAUGACGGUAACCCGAGUCGGUGUACAGGCUCGCCGGCUGAGGUGCUGACCGCAGACGUGAACUCGGGCUCGGACGUGGAGAGCAGCCCGCUGGAGGACCUGAGCUCCGGCCCCGGGCUGGGCGAGCGCCGGGACUCAUUCGGCGACGACAUGAUGCUGGGCACCGACGCGUCCGCCCUGAGCCCGGCUUUCGACAACGCCGCGGACGGGCUGGACACCCCGGGAAGUUCUUCGGAUGAGCUGGAGCUCGACUGCCCGUCCCCGAAGAGGGCAUCCAGCCCGGAGACCGAGCCUGGUUUACAGAUGCAUCCAGCGGAUGGUGCCACCGCUGCCACCAUAGACGACGGCGGGAUUGGGGGUGCAUCCCUGGCGGGGGAGGCCACGGAUGGCAGCGACCCCACACCCACCCUGUACGUCCAGCUGCACGGUGAGACGGCCAGGAGGCUGGAGCUGGAUGAGAAGCCGCUGAGGAUCCAGAAGGACUAUCUGUUCAAACUGGGAUUUAAAGACCCCUGGAGGGUGCAGGAGGAGGGCAUGGACAGCGAAAUCGGCUCGCUGAUCCGGUUCUACGCGGGGAAGCCGCACAGCAUUGAGAGUUCGGAGCGCAUCCAGCUGUCGGGGAGCUACAACGUGCGAAAGGGGAAGAUGCAGCUGCCGGUGAACCGGUGGACGCGGCGGCAGGUGAUCCUGUGCGGCACCUGCCUCAUCGUCUCCUCCGUCAAGGACAGCCAGGCCGGAAAGAUGCAUGUGCUGCCUCUCAUUGGGGGCAAGGUGGAGGAGGUGAGGAAGCAGACCCACUGCCUGGCCUUCAGCUCCUCGGGGCCGCAGAGCCAGAGCUACUACGUCAGCUUCGACAGCUUCACCGAGCACCUUCGCUGGCAAAGGCAGGCUGCCAAGAUGGUGUCUCAGCGCAUCAGCUCGGUGGACCUGUCCUGCUGCAGCCUGGAGCGCCUUCCACCCAAUCUCUUCUACAGCCAGGACCUGACACACCUCAACCUGAAACGCAACUUCCUGUCAGCCAGCCGCUGCCUGACAGAUCUGCAGAGGUUCUCCAAGCUGCGCAGCCUCAACCUGUCCAACAACCACCUUGGCCAGUUCCCCAUAGCCAUCUGCAGCAUCUCCACCUUGACUGAGCUCAACCUGUCCUGCAACUGCCUGACCUCCGUGCCUAGUGCUGUGGGGGCCAUGCACAACCUGCAGACCUUCCUCCUGGAUGGGAAUUGCCUGUCGGCGCUGCCGGCCGAGCUGGGUGACCUGCCCCGCCUGGGCUACCUGGGAUUGUCCUUCAACGAGUUCAGCGAAGUACCAGAAGUGCUGGAGCGCAUGGAGGGCGUGGAGCGGCUCUGCCUGGCGGGGAACGGCCUGGACGCCCUGCUGCUGCAGGCCUUCCGGCUGCUGCGCGUCAAGCACGUGGACCUGAGGCUCAACAGGAUCUGCAAGGUGGUGCCUGAGGAGCCGGACUUCCUGCGUCACGUGACCCACCUGGACGUGCGGGACAACGGCCUGACGGAGCUGGAUGCCUCGCUCUUCCCCAGGCUGGAGGUGCUGCACUGCGAGAGGAAUCGCUUGGGCUUGCUGCGGGCGCGGGGGGGCCCGCUCAAGGCCUUGCACGUCUCCUCCAAUGAGCUCCGUCAGUUGGAGGUCUCUCCGGUGCCCCGUAACCUGACCUACAUGGACGUCUCCAGGAACCAGUUAGAGAGCCUCCCGGACUGGCUAUGUGAGAGCAAGAAGUUGGAGGUGCUGGACGUGAGUCACAACCAGCUUCACCUGCUCCCCGAGCGGACCGGCUGAUUAAGCUGCUCUCCCGUCUCCCGUGACCUCGCUCCCGCUCCGUCCGCUGUUUUCUCGCGGGAAAGGCUCCUUUGCAGCAGCAGUCUGCGGAAGCUGCUGGUAGGACAUAACCAGCUGCAGCGGCUGCCUGAGGACCUGGAGGGCAGUCACAUGGAGGUGUUGGAUGUCCAGCAUAAUCAGCUGUCCGAGC